UCACUUACUCAUCACGACAAACCAAAGCGACAUUAUAAAAGAGAGCUUAACAAGCAAACAGCAACCGGCACAAAUAUCACAGUUCCAUUCCACACUCUUAAAAUCGCUUUAGAGGAUGUUUGAUAGAGACAGAGAUCUCGACAAGACGAUCCUCGUGGGAAACAUCCACAGCUGUGUGACGGAGGAGAUUCUCUAUGAGCUCUUUCUGCAGGCUGGUCCAGUAGACGAGGUGCGUAUAUUCAGAGAUGGACAGCAGGCUCCGUAUGGAUGUGUUUGUUAUAAACACACUGAAGCUGUUCCCUAUGCAGUCGCACUUCUCAAUGGAAUCUGGCUGUAUGGGCAGCCAAUCAGAUUACAGUGUAAAAGUGAUGGACAUUAUCAUAGAAAUGAGGCGUUUGCAUACCACAUGGGGAACGGACUGAUAGCAGACAGUGCGGAUGCUGUGCACCAGUAUGAUGUGGUUUUGAAUUCAAAUGGCAGUCCAGUGGUGGAGAUCCAUUCUAAUGAAGCAUACAGCUGGAGGGACAUGGUGUACAGCAGGCGUCUGGACGUGUGUCCUCCAGCUGUGUGGUUCUGUCCCCCCCUCCAGCAGUGGAUGGGCUCUGGUUUCCCGUCCGGGACGUCCUGCCUGCAUGAGAACGCGUUUGUCCACAGGUCAGCCAGCAGCAGAGUGGGGUGUGCAAAUAGUCAGCUGUACGGAGGGCGCUGUACAAACCUCCUGACACCGUAUGUUCCUAUGAGCGCUUUCAUUAGCACUGAUUCAGACUGUCAGCUGUAAAUCUGUGAAUGCUCUAAUAAAUAUUGAAGCACAAAGAUGAUCUGAAAUGUUUAUUUGUGGCCUCAUGUUGCGCUCAAAUUCAGUAGGACUUUGCAUCUCAUGCAGAAUCUGCUGACAUGAUUAAAA